AUUCCGGCCAUCAAUUAUUUCAAAUUAAACUACCCCAAAACAGAAAACUCUGAGCAAAGGCGGUGCUUCGAAACAUAAAUAAAAACCCUAAAAGCCGGUUCCCAAAGCCAACUGAUCAUACCAUGGACGAUACUUUUAAACUUCGAGUGCAGAAAGUAUUCGGAUCUCUCCAAUCAUCGCAUUCUUCAUCUCAGCAGCAGCAGCAGCGGCCGCUUCUCUGGUCUCUCUCCGACGACGAGGUCGAGAGGAGGGAAUGGAGGAGAGAAUCCGCCGCCGAUCGGGAGGAUACGUUGUGUUCAUCGUCGUUUGACGAGUUCUUGAAGGAGGAAAGGAAGUAUAGGAGUGGGAGGCGUAAAGAACUGGAGGAUGAUUUCGAUAACGAUGAUGAAGACGGCGACGACGAUGAUAGAGGUUUGAGUCAGUCGCGUAGUAGAAAAAUCGACGAUCAUGGAGAUGAGUUGGAGAUCAGAUCUUAUAUUGGAAUGGAUUCCACUCUCGACAAUGAGGAAGAGGAAGAUGAAUAUGACAAAGUGGCUUCAGGCAGGGAAAAUGCAGGUGAACGCCUUUAUAUGAGUGACGUUUCUGAUCAUGGAUCUUUUUUGAAUUCACAUAAUAUCCUUCAAAGAGCAUUCAACAAUUCCAGUAGCAAGGACCACCGCGCAAAUCAUACGGCAGCAAGAAUCAGGCUGAAAGAAGAUGAUGAAGUAGCUCAGAAGGUUAGUGAUUGUGGUAUGUCAAAUUCAGAAAUUAGAGAAUUAUCAGACGUGAAGGCAUCCAAUAAUGGUUGCCAGUUGAGGUCUAUCUUAAAAAGAAAGAACACCGGUACAGAUUCCAAGCCACAAAAGCGUGUGAGGUUUGACUGUGCUUUUAAAAAUGAUUUGGAAGAGCAGUUUGAAAAAUCUGAGGAUCAUCAUCCUGAAGAUUCGGAAGAUGUAUCUCUGCAGGCUGAAAAUGACAGAGCACUUCCAGAUUAUUUACGGAAUCCUUCUAGGUAUACAUGCUAUAGUUUUGAUUCAUCAAGUGAGGUUGGUGAAGAAUCUAGUGCUCAAACUUCGGAGGAUGUCCUUAAGCUUGUUCCAAAUUCAAAAUCUACAGAAUCAUUGUCAAAGCAAGAGGAAGCACCUCGUGAUCUUCCAAAGUCAGUGACUUUUAUCCCAAAGAGAAAAUUUGGCAAUCUUCAACUAGGAAGUGGUGUCAGUGAGUUCAGGAGAAUGAAGAUGAAUGUAAGAAGCAGUAUCAGUGACAUUGAGGACGGUGAAGAUGAUGCAACAGAAGAUGCUACACCACAAACAAGUGCAGCAAAUGGUACUCCAGUUAUGCAAAAAGGUGGCCGCAGCUAUAGAGUAAAACCACAGCCAGAGGACUAUGACUUAAACGGCUGAAGAGAACAACUUUCAACCAUUUAAAGGUUUGCUACUAAAAUAUCUUGAAAUAGUUUUAAGUUUAAACUGUUCUCCCAAGUUCCAUUCCCCCCCCCCCCCCACCAUAACCGUUAUGUUAAUACAACCUAUUAGAACGAUGGAGUGUUAAUGAAUGUGUGCAUGAUGUUAAAUGUAUGUCUUCAUUCAUCACCUAUGAUUCAUUUCAGUUGCAGCAUUUUUUCACCUGUGAUUCUACUUUAAAUGUUUUAGCAUG